CUGAUAUAUGACAAUAUCUACUUUGGAUCACGUGCUCGGGGGAGAGGAGAGGAGAGAGAGAGAGAGAGAGAGAGAGACUAAGACGGAUAACGCGUCAUCUCGCCUUCCCAAAAAAUUUUCCCCCCCUCGCUAGACCGGGUCCAAAACCUCCAUCCGGAGCCGGCAGGAGAGGAGGAGAACGAUGUUUAACUCGGUCAACCUGGGCAACUUCUGUUCGCCGUCGCGCAAGGAGAGGGGCGCAGACUUCGGCGAGCGGGGGAGCUGCGCCUCCAACCUCUAUCUGCCUAGUUGCACUUACUACGUGCCCGAGUUCUCCACGGUCUCCUCCUUCCUGCCCCAGGCCCCGUCUCGCCAGAUCUCCUAUCCCUACUCGGCCCAAGUGCCCCCGGUGCGCGAGGUGUCCUACGGCCUGGAGCCCUCCGGCAAGUGGCACCAUCGGAACAGCUACUCUUCGUGCUAUGCCGCGGCCGACGAGCUCAUGCACCGCGAGUGCCUGCCUCCCUCCACGGUCACCGAGAUCCUCAUGAAGAACGAAGGCUCCUACGGAGGCCACCACCACCCCAGCGGCCCGCACGCCGCCCCCGCCGGCUUCUACUCGUCGGUCAACAAGAACAGCGUCCUGCCCCAGGCCUUCGACCGCUUCUUCGACAACGCCUACUGCGGCGGCGGCGGCGGCGGCGGCGGCGGGGAUGCGCCCGCAGAGCCCCCGUGCCCGGGCAAGGGCGAGGCCAAGGGGGAGCCCGACGCGCCCCCGGCCUCGGGACUGUCGUCGUCCCGGGCUGAGACGGGGACCGAGGCCGAGGCCGAGGAGGAGAACACGAAUCCCAGCUCGUCCGGUUCGGCCCACUCGGCGAUGACCAAGGAGCCUGCCGCCAAGGGAGCCGCCCCCAACGCCCCCCGCACCCGAAAGAAGCGCUGCCCUUAUUCGAAAUUCCAGAUCCGGGAACUGGAGCGAGAGUUUUUCUUCAACGUGUAUAUCAACAAAGAGAAGCGGCUGCAGCUGUCGCGGAUGCUGAACCUGACGGACCGACAAGUGAAAAUUUGGUUUCAGAACAGAAGAAUGAAAGAAAAAAAACUGAGCAGAGACCGGCUGCAGUAUUUUUCAGGAAAUCCGCUGCUGUAACUGCAG